UUUCUUAGCAGAUUUGUUUGCAUUUGCUGACAGCUCUAUCUUUGUUCCAUAUACCCGGUUGUAGUGUUCUUCCCAUCAAUUUGUAGGAGCCCAAAAGGCCUUAAAGAGACUUUCCAAACAAGAAGUUAAGAGGAGGACAUAUUUCUGAAGGCCUUUUCUGUUCUCCGUUGGCUCUGUGUAUGGAUUCCGUCGUUUCUGAAGCAGCAGAUGGAGGAAUUCUUCCUGAAUGGGCGUUCAGUUGUGACCUGGAAGUAGAUUAUGCAUCUGAGAUGAAUGCAGCCAUGGUAUAUGCUGCAUUAGCUGUUGAUAAGGAGUUGCAGCCGGACAAAGUGAAAAGGCAGAUGUCAGUGUCUGAUGGAAAGCUUUCAGUGCAUUUUGAGGCUGUGGAGGCAAGAUUUCUCCGUGCAUCGUUCAGUGCAUUUGUUGACAUUCUAACACUUGCCACAAAAACAAUUGAACAGUGUGGACCUAGGAUAGAAUUUUGACAUCGGUUGAGUAACAAUUUGUACUGACCAUUGAAUCAUUGAUUAUAAUUGAGGGAUUACAUUGAAAAUUUUACUUUCUUCCGAAAA